AUGUCACAUAUCAGAGGUCCAAUAUUCCAGGCCUUGUUUGCACUUGGAGAGUUUCCUGGUGGAGAAGAGCCUGAUGCUUCAGUUCCUCUGCAAAAUUCUGAUGACAUGGUUGAAGAUGAUAUCCCAUCACGGGAUGGAAAUAUGGUUGGCCCAAGCAUUGGUGCAGAAACAACUAGUGAUGUAACUUCUUCAGGAUCCAUAAAAUUGGCUGAUCUGCAAAGGAUAUUGAGUAACAUUGGGCCUGCAGGCUUGGGAUUGGGGGAUAUUUUGAAGCCUGAUUUGAUAGUGCCAUUGGUCGAGACACUAGCAUUAGAACAACAGCUUUCGUCAUACUUACCUGAGGGCCGAUGGACGCCGGAGGAUUUAGGGGAGUUAUUACAGAGCCCUCCUUUCCGCCAACAAGUGCUUCGAACUGGACAGAUAGAUCUGACUCAGUUUGGAAUUGACCCCAGUAAAUACAAAUUCACCGUUCUCUCCUUUCUCGAGGCACUUGAAGAUUCUGUUUCGAAAUCAGCAGAAUCCGAGGAGUUGAGAUCUCAGACUUGUAACCAAAACGAUCCAUUGGACGAGGGCCAAUAA